GCUAUAUCAGAGAUUUAGCAUAUGAAAUUUUUCUUCAAAAAGCAUAUGAAAUUUCAGUAGUUCAGUUUUUAGUAGUCGUCAACGGCCCUAAUCGAAUGUCUGAUUCGAGGAGUUUUGAAUGCUGUAGCCAUGAAUCGAAUCCAUCAAGAGGUGUGGGGAUUGGUAGCUCUUUUGGGUGCGCAAUGGGUGCUUUAGUUGAUGGGCAUUUUGAUGAGGAGCUAGAGAAUGGAUUGGUUCUUGGGGUUUCUUGUGAGCCAGGAAUUGAAAAUGAACCAGAGACCAAGGUAAUUCAAGAUGCUGUCAAAGUGUUGUUGCUUGGUCUAGGUGAGGAUAUUAAUCGAGAAGGUCUGCGAAAGACCCCCUUUCGUGUUGCCAAGGCUCUUCGAGAAGGAACAAGAGGUUACAAGCUAAAAGUCAAGGAUAUAGUUCAAAGUGCUUUAUUUCCUGAAGCAGGCUUGGACAAUGGGGUUGGUCAUGCUGGUGGAGUGGGUGGGCUUGUUAUAGUUCGAGAUCUUGACCUCUUCACAUACUGCGAGUUAUGUUUGCUGCCAUUCCAGGUCAAGUGCCACGUCGGUUAUGUCCCAUCUGGACAACGAGUUGUAGGCCUAAGCAAACUCUCUAGAGUUGCUGAUGUUUUUGCAAAAAGGCUCCAAGAUCCACAACGAUUGGCAGAUGAAGUAUGUUCAGCUCUGCAGAAUGGAAUUAUGCCAACAGGUGUUGCGGUCGUUCUCCAAUGUUCGCAUAUUCACUUCCCAAAUUUCGCGUCAGCAUUUCUCAACUCAAAUCACCAGGGAUGGUUCAAGACAGUGGUUACUUCUGGUUCAGGGGUUUUUGAAAAUGAAAAGGACAUUAUUUGGGGUGAGUUUCUGAGUCUCUUAAAAUUCAGAGGAAUAGAUAUAGAUGCCUGUUCGAGAGUAUCUGGUGAUGGUUGCUGGUGUCCAUCUCAGAAUAUCUCCACAGUGGAACCAGCAGAUUCAGAAAUGGUUACUGCUGUAACUUCCAUCAUUCAGUCUCUGGGGGAAGACCCUUUAAGAAAAGAACUUCUGGGAACUCCUACCCGUUUUGUGAGAUGGCUGAUGAACUUCCGAAACACAGAUUUCAAGAUGAAGCUAAAUGGGAUUGAUCGCUAUAGAAUGAGUCCUUUUGAAUCCAAUGGUGAUGUUGAAGAUUCUAUACAAUCUGAGUUAAACUUGUCACUCUGGUCCCAAUGUGAACACCAUUUACUUCCAUUUCAUGGUGUUGUGCACAUUGGUUAUUUUGGUUCUGAGAUUGAUGUGAUUGGAAAAUCCCUUUUCCAGUCUAUAGUACAUUUCCAUGGUUUCAAGCUUCAAGUGCAGGAAAGGCUCACCAGGCAGAUUGCUGAAACUGUUUCGUUGUUGGUGGGAAAAGAUGUAAUGGUAGUGGUAGAGUGUAACCACACUUGUAUGAUAUCUAGAGGGAUUGAGAAGUUUGGUAGUAGUACAGCUACAAUGGCCGUCUUGGGUCGCUUUUCAACAGAACCUGCUGCAAGGGCAAAAUUUUUGCAGAGCAUACCUCCAACCACUGGAGAAUGAUAUGAACAUUUACACACUGAUGAAAUUUUAUACAUAUUUAAAAAGAGUCUGAACUACAGCUGUUUGACUGGCUGCUGUUCCGCCACCGAUGGCAUGCCUUCAUAAGCAGAGGAGCAGCAGCAGCAUAUUAUUCAAAGAAGCUCGGUAUUGCCAGCAACUUCAUUGAAAUUUUGUAAUGCUCUGUUGAAUCGAGUAAUUGCCUUUUCUUUCGCACUCUGCUUAUAGUCUGUAGAACGAAGAUAUGUUUCGCCACAGAAAUAUUUGAGUUAGUUGUUAAAGGUUAUCGGUUUCAUAUCAUACAUAGCUUAUGGCACGAGUGUAGCCCACUGCUCAUGGCAAUUUUCAUUUCUGUAACAUUCUUGGUAGAUGAUGUCUUGAUCUUGUUGA